AUGGCUUCAUCGUCGUCGAAUGUCGUGGGCGUUCAUUACCGCGUGGGAAAGAAAAUAGGAGAGGGAUCUUUUGGCGUUAUUUUUGAGGGCGUGAACCUUCUCAACAACCAGCAGGUUGCCAUCAAAUUCGAACCAAGAAAAAGUGACGCCCCGCAACUUCGGGAUGAGUACCGAACAUACAAAAUCCUGUCUGGCUGCCCCGGCAUUCCCAAUGUGUAUUACUUCGGGCAAGAAGGUCUGCACAACAUUCUCGUGAUUGAUCUUCUCGGUCCAAGCUUGGAGGAUCUCUUCGACCAUUGUGGCAGACGCUUCUCUAUCAAGACAGUAGUCAUGGUUGCCAAACAAAUGCUUUCUAGAGUGCAGACAAUACACGAGAAGAACCUGAUUUACCGCGACAUCAAACCCGACAACUUCCUGAUCGGCAGGCCCGGUACCAAAGCAGCAAAUGUCAUCCACGUCGUUGAUUUCGGCAUGGCAAAACAAUACCGCGAUCCGAAGACGAAGCAGCAUAUUCCUUACCGCGAACGAAAGUCCUUAUCCGGAACCGCGCGCUACAUGAGCAUCAACACACAUCUAGGUCGCGAACAAUCCCGACGAGAUGAUCUGGAGGCUUUGGGACAUGUCUUCAUGUACUUCUUGAGAGGUGGUCUCCCAUGGCAAGGGCUGAAGGCAGCUACAAAUAAGCAAAAGUAUGAGAAGAUUGGAGAGAAGAAGCAGACGACCGCCAUCAAAGAUUUGUGCGAAGGAUUCCCUGAGGAGUUCAACAAAUAUCUCAGCUACGUCCGGAAUCUAGGGUUCGAGGAUACUCCAGACUAUGACUUUUGCCGCGAUCUGUUCACUCAAGCCCUCAAAAACACGGGCGAAGUGGAAGAUGGAGAGUAUGACUGGAUGAAGUUGAAUGGUGGACGCGGCUGGGAAGCCAUGAAGGCCCAUCCAUCUGCCCACGCACUGCACAACAUCAACGGCCCGCCCGAUGCGUCGGCUCGAGCUCUGCAUGGAGCGUCCGCCGUCCGAGGGCAAGAAGGACAACGCCCGUCUCGCGACCGAGGUGCAAUUUCGGCGGACCGUUUAAACGCGGCGCAGCCCCCGCCCCCAGGGUCACCGGCCAAGCCAGGAGUGGCAGCCAUGGGGAAGAACGCUCGCGAUCGCACAAGCGGCGUCGCCGGGGGCAACCUUCCGAAGAGAAGUAGUGGAUUGGCCGGGCAGCUGGACAUGAAUACUCCCCCGGCAAGCACUCAAGCCCAAUUCCAAACCAGCAAUGCCAAUUUGGUAGGCCAACAACCAAGAACGAGUGCCGCUACCGGAGCCUUGCAGAACAACCAGGGCCGUCCAUCCCAACAGCAUGAGCAGCAUCCUGGCUUCUUCCAAAAGAUGAUGAAGGCGCUCUGUUGCGGUAGGUGCUACCAAGAAUCUGACCGAGGCCAGUUACUGACUCUUCGACAGGCUGAACCGCUCAAUAGCGUGCCCGCUUAUGUUUGA